AUGGCGUCGCAGCGGCCUGCACAGGUUGUGGAUACAAGAUCAGAAUUGAAUGAGUUAGUUCGUCGGAGAGCUGAAAUAGCUGAGACUUUAGCCAAUUUGGAAAGACAGAUAUAUGCGUUUGAGGGAAGUUAUUUGGAAGACACACAACUCUAUGGGAACAUAAUACGAGGAUGGGAUAGAUAUUUGACAAAUACAAAGAACACCAACAGUAAAGCUGACAAGAGGAACAGAAAGUUCAAAGAGGCAGAUAGGUUGUUCUCCAAGUCAUCUGUGACAUCAGCAGCAGCCGUUAGUGGCAUAGCAGACCAGCUUGACAAGAGUGCACCAAGCAGCAGUAGUAAUAACCGUGAUCCUGCCAGUCCAGCCGACUCCCAAAACAAUCAGAACACAGCUAACACCAUGUCCUCACCCACCCCAAACGGACAGACCUCACAGGCAGGGGGAAGUAGCCAUUCCAGUCACAGCACGUUACAGAACCACUCGGGCAAAAUACACAAAAAUGCUCGCCUUAAACAGAAGGGCAAAAAUAAGUCACGGCACAGACUUGAAGUCAAAUUGCGAAAAGGAAAAGAGGUAUGUAAUUUUUGGGUCAUUCAUUUUAUGAUUUUUUUUUUGUGUUCCAUGUAAUUUUUUCAUAGAGCUCAUUUAUUCUUUUCCGGUACAGAUUGUAGAUAGUGUUAUCUGUUGUAUAUUUAUUCUCUAAAAGUGAAAUAAUCUGUCACCAACUUAAGAAAAUGAACACGAGGGCAUUUGCUGGCUCAUCUGGCUGAAUUGUUGAUACCAGCAGAGCCAUUUAUCCUUUGACCAGUCACAAACAUGAUUCCAUCUCUGAUAGUUCAGUUAUGGUUUUAGGUAUUUCAGUUUUUUCUGGUACGCAGGUUUGUGUCUUUAACAACCACUCCAGUGUCCUCCAUUCACAAACCAACUAACCUUUAUAUACGUGACAAAUUCAAACACUGAGCAUCAAUCAGAUAAAUAAAUCAAUUUGCAUGCUAUAUGAUGUCAGAGAUUAUUAGAUAGUCUGUUCACUGUUCCAGGGAGGAGUAGAAUGAAGAUUUAACAUUGCUGGGCCUGAUGGUGACACAGUGGUGGAUCUUAAACAGCUUGAGCUUUGUCAGUAUCCAGUUCAUGUACUAGUUGGACUGUGAGUUCUGAUUUGUUCAAGGCCCAUGCAUUGAAAAUACACGCAUUGGUGUUAGGAGUCCGGAGAUUCACAGUGCUAUUGAGAUGCGCAACAUAGCAGUUAACUGUGACGAAAGUGGAUCACAUGCUUGGAUUGUGAGGAUGGAUGCCAUCCAAAGCAGCCUACAGCCAGGGAUUAAAGAACUCAAAUCAACAGUUGCAUGGCUGUGUAAUACUUCGGGAAAACUGAAUGGAUUGUAGA